AUGAAAAUCUUCUAUCAAGGACUUAAAGAAGAAGCGAAGGAUGACAUUUAUCGAGAAGAUCGUUUUAAAUUGUUUAACUACUUCGUCGAGAUGGUCAUUAAGGCGGACAACCCAGCAAACCACGAUGAACCUCUACCGCGUAUGGAUACCAUGCUGGACCUAUGGAACUUUGAACUUAACGCCCCGAAUAAAGAAAAGGGAAAGACUUGUUAUAACUGUGGCAAGACUGGACAUUUUGCGAACAAGUGUAGAGCCCCAAAGAAGCCAUGGAAGCUAAUUCCUGAAGGCAGGGAACUCCAUGCCGCAAAUCGAGAAAACUUGCCCACACGAAACCUUAGUCUGGCAAGCAACGAAGCAAAUCACACGUCAGCAAACAACACCAGUUCGGAUGAAGAUUGGGAAUUCGGAACCCAACCAGUACCCGAUGACUUUUGGAAACACUGGACACCAUCACCAAAGACUCCGACGGUACGAGUCUGCGCUUGCAGCCAAAUCGGGACGGAACGGCCGAGUUACGAGGAUUGCACGAACGCUGUUACGCGGUAUCGUGUAAAGGGGCACAGAUGGAAUGAGAAUCCAUCCUAUGUUUCAUAUAUCGCUACUGGAGAAAGCACUAGAUAA